AUGGCCAACGAUCCGCAAACGGUCCCGUUGGACAACACUUUUCUCGAGACUAUCACAUACUUGGGAAGAGAGUUCCAAAGAUAUGCCGUCGACAACGGUGCCUACUUCGCGCCCAUAGACGAGGUAAAGAUGGCCCAUGGAGCCCCUGAAAUCCCUAAUCGCGUUGCUUAG